AGACGAGAGGAAUCAGUCCAUCAUCGUGAGUGGAGAGUCCGGAGCGGGAAAGACGGUUUCGGCGAAGUACGCCAUGCGUUUCUUUGCCACGGUGGGCGGCUCGGCCAACGACACCAACGUGGAGGAGAAGGUGCUCGCCUCCAGCCCCAUCAUGGAGGCCAUCGGAAACGCUAAAACCACCCGCAACGACAACAGCAGUCGCUUUGGGAAGUACAUCCAGAUCGGCUUCAGCCGGCAGUACCACAUCAUCGGAGCCAACAUGAGGACCUACCUGCUGGAGAAGUCCCGCGUGGUUUUCCAGGCUGAAGACGAGAGGAACUAUCACAUCUUCUACCAGCUGUGCGCUUCGGCCAGUUUACCGGAGUUCAGAGACCUCGGCCUCAGUGAGUCCGCACGUCAGUCCUGGACCGAGUCACUCAUCCAGGGUUCAGACGGUCAUGGAAAACCUGGAAGAGUCAGGGAAUUUGUACAUAUCAAUUUCCAGGCCUGGAAAUCUUUUUGAAAACUAUUUUUUUGAAGAAACAAAAAAACCUUUAUUUCCAUGCCUUCAGAAAUCCAGCUGUUUGAAAUUUGAAAGAAAAAGAAAAUAUUUGCCAAAAUGUUUUCUGUAAAAAUCCCUGCAUUUAAAAAAGUUGCCGAAAUAAAGCCCAAUUUUUUUCUUUAAAAAAUCACUUUAAAAAGUCGUUUGUAUGAAUAAUUUAACAACAUAGGCUUUGUAUUUUUUAAUUUUGCAUUAAUUUAUCUCUCCUGAACUGUCGUCCAAAACAAAAACAAAAACAGAAAGAACAUGUCAGUGUGCUCCGUGAUGUUUGCUAAUUUGACUCCAAUAAAAACUCAAAUAAAAAAACACUUGCCAACAUUUUUCAAAGCAAAAA